AUGCCGGCGGAUGAGCACCAUCAUCCGAUGGUUCAGCAACAAAACAUCAGGCGAUCUUCAACAUUCCCACACGCCGACCAUGACUUGAGCACAAUUGGCCGAGGUGAGCCUUUGUCCGAAUUAGGCAGCAACGUCGAGACACACGGCAGCGAUGCUGCAGAAGAUGGGGACACGGUCACCAUUGUAGUAGAUGAGCCAUCGAACCAAACUACGGGGUCGAUGUCGAGUUCUCAAGCACCACUUUGGCAGAAAAUACAUCAUCCAGGGCCACUGCUAUCUCACCCCACAGAGGAUGUGUCUCGGGGGCAACCGUCAUUGCCUGGAUGGGACCCGUCCGCUGUUCGGAGCUCCGCCGUGCAUUCUCCCAAUGGCUUGUCUUUGCCAUCUCAGGUCUCCGGCGUGGAUAAGUACAAUGCAAACUUCAUGCUCGACACGGACUUUGGUACCUACGGCUAUCUGACUCCCGGCGUACUGGAUCUUUUGGACUUUGCAACCCCUCAGCCACCCUCGUCGUAUACUCCUCACCCCCAGGACAGGCAAGUUGAGAGAUCAUGUGAUAAACCAGAAGUCCUUUUUUCGGGUCAUCAAGUGCAGCGCAUGCGCCAGCUGUGGUAUGAUCGACGACCGGCGUCCGGCAUGCAGAUGGUACGAUCAAUGUGGCAUGUUGUCGUGCAGUAUGAAGCGGACAAUAUCUUCUCAAGGGCCAAGACUUCUCAGCAAAGCUGCCCAGAGUCACUGUCCCAAAGUGAUCUAAACUCUCAAUGGCAUCUCGACGACGAAAGCAGAGGGAGGAUGACCGAUUUCUGCAAUGAGCUCGACAAGAACUUUUACCACGAAGAUCUGGCUAAGCUCACACCUCAGUCUGCACCGCGUGCCUCAAGUUCCGAAGCUGGGUCAGGAAGUACAUUACCAUGGUCCUCAGCAGAUGGAUUCCCGACGAAGGAAAUUCUCAAUGCAAGCCUGGAAUUGUUCUUCCACUGUUCGCAUUUGCCGUUUUUACACAAGGCUACCUUUGACGCAACGUCCGUCCCAGAGCCUCUAUUGCUGGCAGUCUGCCUGCUUGGGCUUUCGAGCCUGCAUCCGGAACGCUCCAAAAGCUUUGUUCUCCGAUACUACAAUAGACUGAUGCAUUUCUGUCGUAAUGAUCUAACGACGAAGACGGUGGAUCGGUGUAAGCCAUGGGAGCUUCUGGUGGCAAUAGCUACGACUUUACUGGUCGUAUAUCUUGCCUUGGGUCACUUGGAAGAGCUCGAUGAAUCCCAGGCGCAUGGGCUCACCAUCCAAAUGCUUCAUGUCGCCGAGAGACAUGGUCUUUUUGCUGCAUCUUGUAGCGAUGACCUCAUCCUACAAUUGCAAGCGACCCCGGAUGAGCAAGAGGUUUCGUGGAAAGCCUGGUGUCGUGCAGAGUCCAUCAAGCGUAUGAUUUCCUGCCUUCUGUGGAUGGAUCUGGCAUAUGCCCGCAUCAUGGGUGGCCCGGGGAUGGUAGACAUUGACAAAGUCGACCUUCAUCUACCAUGCGAGGCCGCCCUUUUCGAUGCUCCAAGCUCCAACCGUUUUCUCCUUCUCCAAGCAGGACAACACGGAGCCCAGCUGAUGAUGCCACGGAUGCGGGUACACAUGUUCCAUGCAAAUCCACCUGCCACCCUCACUCACAUGUCGAUGGAGACCUUACUGGUUGCGCUGUACCUGCAGACAGUCGCCAUUCGCCACAAGUGGCAUACUCCAGACCACAGAGCCCGCAUUUGCAGCCAUGAGGAGACCUUGUUCGCCGACGGCAAGGCCAAUGGCAUCAUUGCGUCUCUUCUGCUGUUGCCAUCACGGUACGCCAAGUUAUUCCGACAGCGGCACCGAGUGACCGCAUUUGCAUGGAACAACGUUUGCAUCGCUCUCACCACAGAUCUGAGUCUUUUGGAGACUGCCGCUGGCCGGGAGGGCAUUGAUACGGCUCAAGUUGCGAUGCAUGCCGUUACCAGGUGGUCCGAGACACCUAGAGCCCGAAGAGCUGUAUUGCACGCAGCACAAAUAUUUGACAUCUUAUCUUCAUCACGAUUCAGCGAGUGGAACAUCGCAAGGCCAGAUCUGCUGCUGUUCCAAUCGGCCCUCCUCCUCAGCAUGUAUCUCUUCGUGUUCAAGCACGAAACCGAUCACCAUGAUAGUCCGGCAUUCGAGCUUCUCCAAGACGUUGACUGGACAGUGGUUGGAGCAGAGGGAAUUGGCAGCCCAACCCAGACUGCGCCAGGGAGUCCCGGAACGACCUGUUCAAGUCCAUCAGGAUCAGGCUACGCAGCACGCAACUUCAUACGCCAAGGUGGGCCGAUAUCUUUCUCUGGAGAGGCUCUGAGUCCUGGUGGUGUCACUGCCAGGAAGAUACUGCUAAACUAUGUGCACCUACUGGACGAUAUCGGCAAGUAUAGUGGCUCGAUCUAUUCACAGUUAUUGAGGACGAUGAGUGAUUGUGUGAUUGAGUGA